UAGUAGAGCUUUUCUUAGUAUAUUCACGUGAGUAACCCGCGAUUUUUAGUUAAUUUAGAAGUACAGUAUUAAAAAACAGCAUUCACUGAAAAUUGUGAUUUUAUACUUUGUUAACUAAGCCCCUGUAUUAUACAAAUUACCUAAUUACUGUUUCAAUUAUGAUUAGUGAUUUUCUAUGGGUAAUGGAACAAGUGGUAUUUAAUUAGUAUUUAUUUGCCGUUUUAACUUAUUUUUUUAUUAUCGAGUGUGUGGUGUUUUGUGAUUCUUUCUUUCUCGAAAACUGUGCUUUCAGGGUAUAACCAAAAACGAUAAAAAUUACCAAAACUACAAUCGUACUUUAUCAUAACGUAAUUUAAAUACGUAUACACUAAGAGAUUUAAAAAAAUUGAGCUGAAAUAUAUAUCUUUGCAAUAAGUUGGUCUACAGUACAGGAAAUUCGAUCUUGGAAUUAACAUUUUCACAGACACAAAGAUUCGUUGACUGAUUGAACUGAAAACUAACUCCAACCAAGAUUAAAUAACUACGUAAGCUACUACCAAUGAACAUCAAUGUGGUCCUAUUAACACUAUUCAUUUGUAUUAAAGGACAAACAUUUGGACAGAAUGCCACGAUAUCGGACGAGACACUGAACGCCUACAAUUUUGGAGUAUACAGAGGCAUUAUCGAUCCCAAUAAAUAUCCGUUGGAGUUAUUCGCACUACAUGAUAGAGGCAUCUUCAGGGGAACCUACCAAGAAUACAUUACAUUAUAUGAUGAACGAGACGAGCCAAUAUCUUAUCAGGAGUGGUUAGUUAUGAACAACUACGGUAUGAUGCCAGAUACUCAAGAGUCACUGUUCAAAGACAAAAACAUCGCGCGGUGUGACAUUUGUGACUACUGUGACAGUUGUGAUGACUGUGACAGCUGCGAGAGUACUGACUACAAGGAACUAUUUCAACAAACAGUCAAAACAGGGGAUAUUUUAAUCUCAGGCAAAAGUAGAGGUGGAUUGAUAGGUCACGCGGCGCUAAUGGUCACUAAUUACUGGGUGAUAGAAAUGCAUGGCGGUAGGAAGUGGAAGAAAGGUAUCAAAAGCAAUAACAGACUGGUUUCUAAGAAGAAAUGGUAUAAGAAGAAUAAAUCUGAAUGGAUAACAGUGUAUCGUUGCCCUGACAAACAGGCGGCAGAGCGAGCCGCGCUUUGGGCAGAUCGCAAUUACUUUAACCCCCACGGAGGUCAAGAUAAAGCUAUACACAUUACUUAUAAGAUAACCCCAGACUUUGAAUGUACGAACCCCAGCUAUAGUCCUAAGAUGGUGCUUCAAUCAUAUUACUUCACCACUCCGGGUAUAAUAAGAGAUCCGUCUGAACACGGAGCUAUUAUUAUACCAUCCGCUAUACCAGCAUAUUUUCUGAAACCUUACACAUUACGGAAAAUUGGAAAAUAUUGAAUGAUGUAAUUAAUAAUCUUGUUAAUACUCAAAUAAAUACAUGAUAUUUUGGUGGCAUUGCCUGCAAGUGAUGAGGGGCUUAGUCUUUUUGUAAUAAAAAUUAUGAAGUAAUAGGUUUUUUAUGUUGAAAAUCAUCACAAUACAAAAUUAAUGAACUGUUUUUAUCAACUAGGUAUCUAGGACUAUAAAUUAAAGUUCAUUCACUGUAAAUAGAGUACCUACAAAUAAAUAAAAAUCUUCAUAGUUACAUCGAUGUGUUGGUCCUAGUACUACAAGUUUGUGAUCAGUUUGUAGUCUUAUCUUACGAAAAUCGACAGGCCUAACAAUACACACCUUGAAACAAUUAAGCCUCAUGUAGUAAAUACAAGUAAUUUUUAUCCUUAGUAUCAACUCCUUACGUGAGUGGUAAAUAAAUUAACACAAAGUUUUCUCCAGACGAAUAACUACAGAACACAUUUUAAGUGUGUGCCAUGCUUCGGCAUGAAUGGGCCGGCUCGACCGGAGUGAUACCACGGCCUCACA